AUGAAGCACUUCUCCUCCCAGAAAGCCAGCCCUCACAGCGUGCCCUCCGCAUUGCCAAGCGGGCAUUCAAUCAGCACCAAGACUAAAAAGGACGAAAACGAAAUACCGCAUCUCAAUAGCACACAAAUCGCUGACGAGUUCGAAUCGGAAAGCUGGAUCGGAACCCCUACAAGCUCGCGACCCCCAACCUAUAUCUCAGACGCCCAAUCUUUCAAUGACAAUGCGUACACGGAUGACACUUACACUAUAUACGGGGGUCCGUCGACAUCUUCCUUAGUGCACUUAAGGCCGCCAUCAGUAUUGGGCUUUGACAGUUCCCAAGAACCAAUAAUCUACUCAUUUACGCCAACAUCGCCAGUGGGCAACUCCCUCACCUUGAUGCCACCGGAAGGUGCCUCGGAUGCCCUACCACGAUUUCACAUUGUCGUCACCCCGAACAUCUUUAAUCCGUUCCAACAGAUCACUUCUGUGUAUCGCGGAGAGACACAAUUCGGUGAUUGGGUCGCGUCUUUCGAGAUGGGCAUAUCGAGCUUCCCUGGUCGUGUCCGCAUUCAUAGACGCGACAGAGUCAUCAACAACGCGUUAAGAAAGGACGGCCCUCGAAACCAGGCGAAGUGGACGUGGACGUCUCCCAACAAGGGCGUCGAGCCAUUCAUUUGGGAUUUCCAAAUGCCCACUAAGCCGUGUGUGGGACUCGAGUUGAUUAGGAAACUUUCAAACGCUACAGAUACGUCGAAUCCUCCAAAUUCUCGCGUUUCAAUGCGAGAGAUUACUUUUGUCCACGAUCUUGCACCCGAGCUCCUUAGCAUUAUCUUUUCCUUCCUCCACGACGACCAGACCGCGCUGGCGGAUAUCGUCGAUGCCAGUCUCAGCAAAGAGGGCGUGGUCAAUGAAGAAGGGGCUCUGGAGAGAAACACCCUUGCUAGAGAAAGGAGGGCCCUGUACCGACGAUGGAUCUCGCCAACAUUCUUCCCGUAUUCGUGUGCCGCGGUCUGCCAGCGGUGGAAAGCCAUCCUGUCGGGACAUCCUCAAUUUUGGACACGUAUAAUUGUCUUCGUAGACACGCUUCAGUCCUCGCCAGAAGAAUUUGCGAACUAUCUCACCUGGUCCGGCGGUCUUCCGAUCGACGUAUGCAUUACGAGGCGACCCCAGUACCUCUACCUGGAUGUUCAUUCGGGCAACCAAGAUCACGUUGACGGGAGGGAGAGGGCCUCCAUCAGGACCUUCGCGAAGAUGCUGCAGCCCCAUCUUCCGCGCUGCCGAAGUCUACACAUUGACGUCGCCUCAAGCUCGUCCUUACCUUUCCUCGGGCUAGACUUCAGGGGUUCCGCACAGAGAAUGACGUCUCUAACCUUCCAAUGCGAUCAAGAUGAUGCCGUCCUCGACGAAGAACGCAGCGUCCGCGCUGGCGAGAUGAUGGACGAAGGCGAGUUCUGUCCUUCUCUAUGCUUCCUCGCCCUCGAUGGUCGGAAUUUUCUGUGGAACUGCGAUUGGGGGGCCAAAUGGUGCCGCCACCAGAACCGCCUGCAUGAUCUCACCGUUUCAGGCUUCACGAAGACCGCGACGUCUCAACUCACCGUCGACAGCCUCCUUCGAGACAUCGAACGUCUCCCAAACCUCAAAUAUCUCAAAUUGAACCUGCUCGAGCUCACCACUAGUCCGAACACGACGACGCACUCUCUCCAGUUAAACUCGCUCGAGGAGCUAUCACUCUCUGAGCUCGAAGCGGACGUCAUCAUCGACAUCUUCCGCACGACGGACAUGCCUGAACUCGAACGCAUCCACAUGCAGGGCUGCGCGCUCCCCCAGGAAGACGUCUUCGUUAACAUCAACAGUCUCAUCCAGAUGCUCACGAUCACCGAACCCGAGCUCGGAACGGACAUCAUUGGCUUUGUAGACAAGUGGGAUGGCAGUGCCCUAUGCGUCGCCCAUUCAUACCUCUUCAACGACCGGCUCCUCCGCGGCCUCGGCACACGACGCGAGAAGUACGAGGACGAAGACGAGAAUAAUGUCAACGGAGGCGUAUUCUUCCCGGGCCCGAAUAUGCAGCUGUUACUCUUCAAAUACGCCCCAUUCGAGUCUUUCGACUCCUUGAAGCAGAUGAUCGAGGAGCGGGGUCACUACGUCGACUACAGCGACCCAGACUGGAGGGAGAAUACGAAUUUCGGCCCUGCGCUACAUACAGUGAUGAUCAACAAAUGUGGGUUCGGUCCGUUAGAGCCGGAAGACGAGCAAUGGCUACGGGACAGGUUGGUCGAAUUAACAUGGAAUGUAAACAUGGAUGGGAACUAG